CUCGUUUGAGUAAAUGUGAAGCUCCAGUUAAAUUGCUUGUAUUCAGAGUCUUUCUUAUUAUAUAAAUAAGUACUAAGUGUUAAGACACUACAUAUGUGAAUGAGGCUUUAGACCUUCUCUGUCUCUGGUCCACACUCCAGUUCAUUUGGUUGCGGUAAUGCAUCACUAAAGUUGGUUGCCAACCGCCAUUUAAAAACCACUGAAGAAGUGUAAACGGAAGUCAACAGUAACCAAGAACAAUAUCCGCGGCAGCGUUUUUAUUGUUAUUUAGACAUUUAUCACCUUGGAACUUAAAAUAUUACUUACAACUGCACAGCAUCACAUACUUACCUCGGGCAGUGUUUAAUUCGCGUUGGAGACAGGACUUGGUUGAUAGAUGUUAUUAAGGGAACGUUAGCUAGCUGCUAACAUUAGCUAACAACAAUGGCUAACAGUAGGCCUAUGGUUUUUCACACUCAAAUAGCCUCCAUCAUGGAGGUGCUAGCGAAUGCAGCCGUGGCAGACAUCUGUAAACUCGUAGACGACGACUAUGCAGUGUUUCGUUUGGAAAUAACUCAAAGCCAGAAUGAAAGCAGGGCAUUGCGAAGGAAACUACAGCUACUUGAAAUGAAGGUGACACGGGAGCGCGCAGAGAGAACAACGCGAGAGCGCGCACUCGCCAGUCGUCCCAGUAGUGUCAAGAUUCUCGACCGAUACAAAGGAAUGGCAAGAGGUGAAGCACAUCUCACUGGAGGCUACAGGAGUUCUGUGAAACCAGCGGGACACAAUACAUGGAGAGAUGACCAACCAAUCACCGUUGAUGAGGGGAGUGGAACCUCAACCCAGCAUGUUAUUGUGAUAGAGUCUGCAGAUGAAAAUGCAGCAGGUCCUGGGGUCAAGCUGGAGAGGACUGAACGAGAGAAGGACCCACGGCACCAGACUGGAGCAGCGGUUGGAGUGUCGCCCUCUGUAGCCAGUGAGGAACUCGCCGCUGCGCCAAAGGCCAGGACCCGACGCAGAAUCACGGAGGAAGAGGAGAGUCCAGAGGUGCUGCUGGUGAAGGAGGAGGGGUAUGAGGAGGGUCUGGGGAACCCUGAGGGGACCAUGGUCAUGGAGGACAACCAGACUACACCAACUCCUGAACCCACAGAGGAACCAGCUGAGCAGCAUAUGACCACACACUGUCACACUGAGUCAGUAGACAUGGAGGAUGGGAAGCCUGAUCUGCUGCUGGUCAAAGAGGAGACAAUAGAAGACAGACCAGAGAGCAUUGAUCUGCUGAGUGGACUAAAGAUGGGGGAGCAAGGUGAUUGGUUGGAGGAUAACAGAGGAGACUGGGCGGCCAUCUUGGAUUCCCAGACCCAGACUGCUUCAACCAAGGGCCCAGGGGACAACAUGACUGAGCAGGCCAGGACCAGAGCCGAGAUAGUGGAGGUCAGUGGAUGGGACAGCGACCUCAACUCUGGGCUGGGGAACAACAAUGUUAACCGCAACCAGAAACAGACAGUCGAACACAAAACCACAACCGAACUUAGUCUUCAUGACAACAGAAUGGACAAAACCAGGAUGAGGCGUAGAUUUGGUCUGCAGGGACAGGGAGGUGUCCGUAUGAGAACAGACACUGACUCGGCUAGCGAUGCUCCUUCCUGCUCCUAUAGUUGUGAUUCAGAGAGACUGAUGGCGCCUCAGGUUAACCCCCUAACAGGUGCUGCCUUCAGCCUGCCUUCUAUGGGAUCUAUCAACUGGAACAUGGACCCUGUGACAACACAGACACUCCCUGGCCUUCAUCCUCCUCACACUCUCCUAAGGUUAAACCAGACCUCAGACAAUGCCAGUGCCUCAACACUUAAUGGCUACACAAGCCCAUUGACAAAUGACAGUAGUAGAGAUGGAAUGAGUAAAGGUGGCAGCGCCAAAGAGAAGCGCUUCCUGUGUUCGUUCUGUGGGAAAGCCUUCAGUUUCCCCAAACAGGUGGAGAUCCACCAGAGGAUGCACACAGGGGAGAAACCAUUUGGCUGCCAUCUGUGCCGGGCCAGUUUUUCUCAAUCGUCCAGCCUGAAUAGGCACCAGAGAGUCCAUACAGGGGAGAAACCCUACAGCUGUACCCAGUGUGAGAAGAGGUUCUCCCGCCAGCACCAGCUGAAGAUGCACCUGAAGGUCCACACAGGAGAGAGACCAUUUGCCUGUAUGCACUGCGGGAAGAGGUUCUCAGAAAGGAUACACCAGCAGAAAAUGCACACGGCCCGAGUAUAGUGACAUGUCAUGAAGUUAAUUAUGUUGUUUGGAACUGGAUGAGAUGAACUGAGGAAAGAAUGAGUAUGAUGAGGCAGAGUAGACGAUAUGGUGAUGUUUGGUGUGAUGGUGUCUGUAAAAAUGCUUCACUGAUGAAGAGUGACAACCUUAUCAUGUUGUUUGAUCUGGUGUUUUAUAAUGAGGAAAUUAUAGUGCCUUAAUUCAUGUUUACUUGAAAGGAAGUAGUGAAGAUGUGUGUAAUGUUAGGUUGAACCUUUCCCAAAGUAUUCUAGUUACCAUAUUGAGAAAAGUUCUUCUUCUCGUCACAUAUCGUUUUGUGCAAUAAAAGUACUGUGUUUCACAUUAUGUGAGUGUAUGACCAUUUUGUUCAAAUUAAAUACAAAAUUGACUCUG